AAUGACUGACUGAUUGAAUGUUUGUUUGAUUUUUUGAGCAAAAAAUGUUUACAAAUUGAAUGUCAAACACAACACAAACAGUCAAACAAUAAGUUUUAUUAUAGUAUUAGUUGUGUUGUCAAUGAUAUCAUUGUUUURGACAYACAUUAMGAUUGUCUUUCAGUUUAUAACAAAACAARUUAUAUMUAUAUUAUAGAUAUGAGUGAAGACUUUGAUGACAAUAGCGGUGAUCAUUUGAACGGCAAAGAAGUAUURGUCGGAAACAAUAACAACUGUAUUGUCAGCGGCGGUGGUGUCGGCGGCAAYGGAAAAGAUGUGGACAAAGACGACAGGGAUAUGGAUGUGGAGGAUAUGGGGGGMGUCGGCAAUGGGGGCGACUUAUUAACUCAAGACGUGGACUCACGCGACGGCCAACCGAAGGACAGACAGGAGAAGACGUUUGUGUUGAAGAAGUGGAACUGUUGUGCGAUGUGGUCGUGGGAUUGCGAGUGCGACACAUGUGCCAUAUGUCGUGUCCAAGUGAUGGACGCAUGUCUUCGCUGCCAAUCAGACAACCGUUCCGACGACUGUGUUGUCGUUUGGGGCGAAUGUAACCACUCUUUYCACAACUGCUGUAUGUCUUUAUGGGUUCAACAGAACAAUAGGUGUCCACUCUGUCAACAGGACUGGAUUGUACAGCGAAUCGGCAAAUGAUAUACCAAUCAAACACAUAAUGAUUGAUCGGAUUGUUAUUUAUUAUGACUAAUAUAUCCAUAAAAUCAUAUUUUUCUUACUAUUAUUUGUUAAUUAAUUGAAAUAUAAGACUAUAUCUAAGCGAUUGAUGACAUUUAUAGUCAAAUUGUAUCCAUAUUUUAUUAUUAUAUAUCAUAGAUAUCUAACA